CGUUCCGCCUGAACUCAUCACUAAAUCAGGAUUUGGCGAAUUAUUUGUGCAUCGUAACAUAGCAAAUCAAUUCAACCCCAAUGAUGCCAAUUGCUUGUCAGUGUUAGAAUAUGCUGUCAAUCAUUUGAAGGUUUCUCAUAUUGUUAUCUGUGAAAAAUGGUUGGAAGGAAUACGUGAAUUGAAAGCAAUAAACUCUGAUUUCUCUCACACCAAUCCAUAUUUUGAUACUUCUGCAGCUCAAGACAAAUUGGUCAAAGCUAAUGUUGUGAAGCAAGUGGAAAAAAUUAGUGAAAAUUAUCUUGUUAAAUCUGCUAAACAAAAAAUACAAAUUCAUGGAUUUGUUUUUGAUUUAAAAGAUGGUUCAUUAUUAAAGUUCACCAAAUCAUAA